AUGGAGGGGAUAUGCUUCAGCAAAAACAUGAACAAAAAAGGAGUACCUCCUCCUCCACCUCCCCCACCUCUUGGAUUUGGACGGUAUCGAAACAGAAACGGCAAAAAUAUGGACAAAGAAGAAGUAGCUCCACCUCCUCCAACUCCUCCACCUCUUCCAUCUUUUGGAUAUGAACGUUAUCAUAACCGAAACGGCAAAAAGAUGGAUAACGAAGAUGUAGCUCCACCUCGACGAGCUAACGGCAAACAGAUGGAUAACGAAGAUGUAGCUCCACCUCGACGAGCUAACGGCAAAAAGAUGGACAAAGAAGAAGUAUCUCCACCUCGACGAGCUCAUAACCGAAACGGCAAAAAGAUGAAAAAAGAAAAAAGGAGAAACCGCAAAAAGAUGGACAGAGAAGAAGUAACUACACCUCCUAUCUCCCCUUCAUUACUGAGACAAAUCUCAGAGCCACCCGCUCUUCCUAAAGAAAACCCAAGAUGUCCUGUUUCUCAUUCAACUCACCCUCACACACUCUGUCCUAGAUUAGAUGGGAACACUAACUCUAGUUGUUUUUCAUGCGGUGAAUAUGAAUCUCCCUUGAUCGAAGACCAGAACUACCAUUUCUUCUGCCAAACCUGCGAUGUGGUGUUCCACAGAGUUUGUCAUAUGUUCCCAAAGACGUUAACACAUCCUUAUCACCUCCAACACCCUCUUACUUUCACCUACCGAAACUACGAAACCGGGUGCGUAUCAGACAGUAAUAUAGAUGAGUCUUUCUACGCUACAGUUGUAUCUGCUGGCUCCAACAUCUCUGAUCCUAAGAUGUUGGGAUCUGUCGAAUCUGAUCAAUGCUCAUGGUGUGGCAAAAAAAUCCAAGGCAACUGGUUCUAUCGUUGCUCUAUGUGCAACUUUUGUUUGGAUCUCCAUUGCUCCCAAAAUGUUCCACUUCUUGUUGUCACAAACCCGAAGAAUCAUCAUCAUCAACUCGUCUUCUACAAGCGACCACUCUUGACUCCAUGUGAUGAUUGUGGGUUGGUCAAUGUGUUGGAUCCAAGCUAUGCUUGUUAUGAAUGUGAUUACAUGGUCCAUCAAAGUUGCAUCAACUUACCACGAGUUAUAAAGAUCACGCGUCACCAGCAUCGCCUUUUUUACACUCCUUUCCUCCAAUCCAAGAUUUCACCAUGUCAGAUAUGCUACCAGACAGUUGACACCAAGUACGGCCAAUAUUUUUGCAACCGCGAGGAUUGCUCUUACGUAGUUCAUUCAAAAUGUGCAACACAUGAGAACGUAUGGGACGGGAAAGAGCUCGAACGGGCACCUGAAGUACCAGACGAGAUUGAAGAUAUCCUCCCAUAUAAGAAGAUUUGUGGUGAUGACUUAAUAAGACACUUCUCUCAUGACCAUCUUCUAAAGCUCAAGAAGUAUGAUGGUGUUAGAGAUGCAGAGAAGCAAUGUCAAGCAUGCAUCCUUCCUAUAGACUGUCGUGAUUUCUACAAUUGCACGCACUGUGAUUUUUUUCUUCACAAGGUAUGUGCUCGCCUUCUUAGAAAACUGAGUCAUGCGUUACACAAACACCCUCUCAUUCUAGACGCCUCUCCUAGAAUACACUAUGAUUUCAUCAAUUGCUCAGCUUGUUCUAGAAAGUUCACUGGUUUCAGGUACAUAUGUACCAAAGCUAAUUGUGUGUCCAAGCAAGUUCAGAUAGAUGUUCGAUGUAUUUCAUCAGUUCCUGAUUAUUUCACGCAUGAAAGUCAUGAACAUCCUCUGUUUAUCUCAACGUCUUCCAAAGGUGAAAACAAGACUGGUUGCGUGGGUUGCAAGAAGAUAGGUAUGCGGUCUUACCUACAGUGUACUAAAUGCAAAUUUGCUAUGUGUUAUCAAUGCGCUACAAUUCCAACUCUAGUAAGCUACAAAUACGACAAGCAUCCUCUGUCUCUUUGCUAUGGAGAAGAAGCAGGUGGUAAGUAUUGGUGCGAAGUAUGUGAGAAAGAGGUUGAUCCAAGGGAAAGGUUCUACAAAUGCAACGAAUGUUGUAUCACUAUCCACCUUCAUUGCAUAUUCACAUCUUCUGCUUAUAUGAAGCCUGGUUUCAGAUUCAAGUAUUACUCGUCCAAAGUGGAAGUUCGUCGCAACAGUAACAUCACUAGACCGUAUUGCGUUGAAUGUGGUCAUCGUUGUCCAGGUUAUAUCUACUACAAAAAUGAUAACUCUGUAACCGUUACUUGUUCUUUGAACUGUUUAGAGAAAAAGCUGACACGACGGCAAUCACAAACAUUAAGACAGACUUGAGAUGAAGUAUCAUCUCAAAUGUAUUUCUUUUGGGGGAGAUGAACCAAGAUGGCUUCAACAAAACAGUCUCCUCUCUCUCUCUCUCUCUCUGUCCCAAAUAUGUAAGGAUCAAAGUAUCAAACCAGUGUCCUUGAUGGACCUUAGUUUACAAGCAAAGCUCCAUUUUGUUAGGUUCAGGGUUUUCAUUAAAAUAAAGAUCCAGCUCAGGAUGAGUCAAAGAAACUAUGUAUCAGCUAAUAAUAGAGUAUUCAGAGUACCACUACAAGUCUGAUAGAGAAACUUUAUAUGAUUAAAGAGAAGAAACCAAAAAA